AUCUGAGAUUUUUGUCUUUUUCUCUUUUCUCUUUUGACCACAAUUAAAGUAUGCUCGAGCCUGAAGUACCGUAUGACGCAGAUCAUGGUGUUGAAGAAGACGAAGACUGGCGCGAUCCCCAAAUCGCGAGUGGUGAUGCUGCUGCUGCCCUUCGUGUUCAAGAACAAGAAUGGGGUGGUGACGAUGGAGCCCGUGAUGCGCAAGGUGGUAAUGUCGGCUAUGAUUACUACGCAGCACCACCACCUAUUACUGAAUCGCAAGAGCAAAUGCCCGAAGACUGCUGGAUGUUGCCACCAGAAUACACUCUGGUCGAUGUAUUGGGCAGAAACAAAUCCAAGUUGGACGAAAUUCGCUUUGAAACGAGUACAUCUCUGAAGUACAAUGAAGCCAAACACCAAGUUGACAUUUGGGGCGAUCGUGAGUCUGUCUACCGCGCAAAGCAUUUAUUGGACUUGAUUGUGCAGCGUCUGCAUCGAAGAUCCGAAUCGUCCCGCCGCAAGACUAAAAAAUGGGGCAAGCCCGAGCGUGAAUUGACAGAAAAGGAACGUAGGCGUGCAGAACGGAAACAACUCAAGGCAGAAGAAGAACGCACUUUUCAUCGUUUUCCAAAUCAACCACUCUCAUACAACGCAAUUGUGCCCAUUCCUAACAAUAGCAUUCCCAUGAAUCAAGUAUUGGGUUUGAAGGAAGAGUUCUUGAACCGGAUCAGAGCAGACUGCAAAUGCUUUAUGAACUACAAUCAAAAUACCAAUGUUAUCAAUGUCACAGGUGAGAACGAAGAUAAAGUUAAGGAGGCAGCAUCGCGAAUGCGCAACCUGUAUCUCAAGAACGCCCGCUCGCCGCAAUAUGCCACAUUGCGUUUGCUCAAACAACCCAAAACGAACAUGAUGGUCAAGUAUCGAAAACUGCCUCAAGGUUAUAUCACGCCGCGGUACGCCCUACCUGCCGAACAGCAAAGCAUUCUUGCAAACAACCGAUUGUUGGAAGGCAUGGUCACUGGUGUGGUGGCGCGUAUCACGGAGCGCCAAAAUCUGAUUGACUUGGACGAUGAUCCACAAGACAACGAUGCCAACGCAGAUAGCGGUUUGUCAGAUGAAAUGCGACAGUUGGACGCAAAGAACGAGAAACAAAUGAUUAACGCGCUCGAAAUGGGUCUGGCCAGUAUACGGUUGUGCCAAUACGAGAUCAAGAUGAAAAUCAGAUUCGGCCAAAUUGUACUUACGGACUAUCCGAACCGUCAGGAUACCAUUCCGCUCGAGGAUCUUGCGAACAAGUUCUUCCCGCACCACAAGUUCAGAAGCGUCUUAGCGCCCUGCAUUGGUCGCAGCAUUGAAGAGCUUCACCCAUUGUUCGAAUGGCUAUCCUCGAACUGCAUCCAGUUUACUGAUUCUCCGCGCACGUCUUAUACUGUUGAGGCGGACCAAUACCCACAGUUCGUACAAAGGCCAUCCGCUUAUGCACGCCGUGAUCAGCAGACAGCCCCCAUGGAACAGGACAAGUGGCGAACAACCAUUAUCGCAAACUUUACCGGCGAACGACGGGUUGGUUUAUGGAACCUGAUUGCCGAGGGCCAAGAUAUUGUCACUAUCAGCAGCGCGGAUUUGGAAAACGACUACUCGUGGGAACUCAAACUGCAGAGCGCACAACGGUUUAGCUCCAUGGACGACAUGGAUACACCACAUGGCCAGUUUGUAGAAUCUUUAACACUCGAUCCAGAAACCAAUCGACUUAUCCUAGUGCCUAACACACGAGACUAUGAGCCGCAUUUGAUCACGCAAAAGACUAAAUGGGUGUAUGCUUUGGACGAUUGGAUCAUUGAAGUCGGCCGUGACGAGGUCUGGGAUAUCCAUCAGAUUGAUCUGUCGGACGAUCGUCGUGAUUUGCCUGUCAAUCUGUCUAGCUUCAACCCACAUCGUGUUAUCCUCAAGUUUUCAAUUUAUCGCGAGACCUGGGUCAACCGCUUUGCCGAGAAUUUGUCAUUGCAGAUUGGUGAGGCGCCUAACUGGACUCCAGCACAAUUCUUGGCCAACGGCAAUGAGAAUAUGCACGAAAUCAUCAGUGUAGCACAACAAAUGACAGCCAUGCUAAGCAAGGAGGUCAAGCCCUACUACGAGUCUCUUGCUCUGUAAAAAAAUAUUCCACUGACCCUCUCUCCUUCUUUACAUAAAAAAAAAAUACAUUGUAAUCAUUGUUUUCUAGCAAUAGAAGGUCAAAACGUACUCGUAAUC